AUGACAGCGCUUGUCCUGCUUGCAGCUGUUUAUGGCUGUGUCCAGCUGCAGCAGCAGGAGGUUUUGAAGCUGCUGGAGCUGUGCAAACAGGCUCCUGCUAUGAUCGGGACCUUCAGAUCUGUAUCGAAAGACAAGCUCGCUGAAGACAGGAAAGCCUGUGACACGCUGGAAAGAACGAGGAAGGAUAAGAAGAAUGAAAGAGACAGUAAACGGCAGAGAGCAAUCCAUGUUUUCCGCGACAACGUGCACUCACACAACUGCCCGCUGUCUCCGCCUCCACAAGGGCCUUUCGGCGGCGCAGACACCCGCGGCGACACGCCGGACCGACCCGGGGCCGCCACUACUCCCCUCACGAAGCACCACACCCCCACUACACAGAAAGCCGCCCGCAAGCGCCAACACGGCCCCAGGCCGUGCUGCCCGCAGCCUCCGCGCCUGCGCAGUGGGGAAAGGUCGGCGUCACCGCGCGCCGCUUCCCUUUCCGCCCGUGGCAGGGCUCCUGUCAACAUGGCAGCGGCUGGCGAGCUGCGGCGGUGGCUGCUCUGGGCGACAGUAGUUGCACGUGUGGUGGCAUCAAGUGCGGGUUUCGUGGAGGAUCUAGAUGAAUCGUUUAAAGAAAACCGUAAAGAUGAUAUUUGGCUUGUAGAUUUUUAUGCACCUUGGUGUGGCCACUGCAAGAAACUGGAGCCUGUGUGGAAUGAAGUGGGUAUAGAAAUGAAACAUAUGGGCUCUCCCGUAAAAGUUGGGAAGAUGGAUGCAACUUCCUUUUCUAGUAUUGCGUCUGAAUUUGGAGUGCGAGGCUAUCCAACAAUUAAACUCUUAAAAGGUGAUUUGGCGUACAACUAUAGAGGACCUAGAACCAAAGAUGAUAUCAUUGAGUUUGCUAACAGAGUGGCAGGACCACUUAUAAGGCCACUUCCUAGCCAGCAUAUGUUUGAGCAUGUGCAAAAGAGACAUCGUGUACUUUUUGUGUAUGUUGGUGGUGAAUCUCCUUUAAAGGAAAAAUACAUUGAAGUUGCUUCAGAACUAAUAGUUUAUACAUACUUUUUUUCUGCUUCAGAAGAUGUGCUGCCUGAGUAUGUGACAUUGCCUGAAUUGCCUGCUGUUGUGGUCUUCAAAGAUGGAACUUACUUUGUUUAUGAUGAAUAUGAAGAUGGUGAUUUGUCAUCCUGGAUAAACAGAGAAAGAUUUCAAGGUUAUCUCAAUGUAGAUGGCUUUACACUGUAUGAACUUGGAGAUACAGGAAAACUUUUGGCUAUUGCAGUCAUUGAUGAUAAAAACUCUUCAUUGGAACAUACCAGACUGAAAUCUAUUAUUCAGGAAGUUGCUAGAGAUUAUCAGGAUCACUUUCACAGGAAUUUCCAGUUUGGCCAUAUGGAUGGAAAUGAUUACAUUAAUAGUUUACUAAUGGAUGACUUGACAAUCCCUACCAUUGUUGUAUUGAAUACCUCGAAUCAGCAAUAUUUUCUACCAGAUAGGCACAUUGAGAACACAGAAGACAUGGUUCAGUUUAUUAACAAUAUCUUGGAUGGUACAGCUGAAGCACAAGGUGGUGAUGGACUUCUGCAACGAAUCAAGAGAGUAGUCUAUGAUGCUAAGUCUACUGUGAUGUCUGUGUUCAAGAGUUCACCGCUCCUGGGAUGCUUUCUCUUUGGGUUGCCCCUGGGGGUCAUCAGCAUUAUGUGUUAUGGAAUCUGCACAGCUGAUACAGAUGGAGGAUUAGAUGAACAUCAGGCAGCUAAAAAGGAGAAUGGUGAUCGGGAGCUCACAGACGAAGGGAGUGAGGAAGAACAAGAGGAGGAAAAGAAUGGAAAAUAUGUGGAGUUUUCAGAUGGAGAGCUUAAACAGAAAGACAUAAAGGAAAAGAAAAAAGACUAACUUGUUUAGCAAAAGAAUUCUAUAGAAUUUCCAAACAGACUUUAUUUAUUGAAGAUAAUUAUUGAUGAUCUUCAUGAAAGAGGACCUUUUUGUCUGCAUUAUGGUAGUUUUGACUUGCAUGUAUUCAAAUUUUGAGAAAUUGACAGAAAAAAAAUAUGGAUGUUCUCUUAAUUGUCUUUACUAGCUUAACAAAGAGCAAUUUACACGCUGAAGAAAUUUGCAGGUACAAUUCUACACCAUUUUUUAGAAGAGUUUUGAAUUAUUCAUUUCUCGAACAGUGAGAUGAAGAUAACGUUAUUUGACCUUAGUGUAUGCGAUGAACUACUACUAGUAUAGCCCACCUAAAAAGUCAUUCAUAUAAACUGAAGACUGAAAACUAAGAAGAAUUAAGAGAUCUGUGAAGUCUUUCAGAGCCUGAUAGCUAAAGUGUCAUGUGCUAGUCAUGUGUUUUACCUGUUGCACAUUAUUUUGGGGAAAAAACAAAACAACCCACAAACUUUUCUAUUCUCUCAAGUUCAAUAUAUAUUGUUAGGAAUUAGGUGAUUAUUUACCAUGUAAGAAUAUAAUUAUUGGCAGUCAACAAUGUUUACUUGACAUAAGAUGUGCGAGUUACACGCUAAAUUAAGUUUCUGUUAGUGCUUCAGCAGCUAAAAAUAUUGCAAAACUGCUACAAACCUUUCUGAACAUGAUUGCCUGUUAAAUUGUUUUGUAUGAGUGCUUACACAAACUUGCAGAACAAAUGAUGUAUUUUGAAUCCACAGUACAACUUGAUAAAGGAAGACAUAUAUAAAUACUUUCUGACUGUUUGCAUAACUCUCUAAUGAGAAACUUUGAAUGAUGUAAAUUUGUUUUUCAGUGCUAAUUCAGUUUAUUAUGUAUCUUUGAGGUAGUUCAUGUUGAUAGUUUUGUUUGAGACUGUUACCUGCUCUGAAGGAGGGAGUUAAUGGAGCAUAAUAUUAACAUUUCUAGAGAUUGAUCAGUGUAAUACUUUUUUUGUUACUUAUUUAAUCAUGAAAGUCACAUUUAAUACAACACUGUGACUGUGAGAAGGACUAAUUUGUGUCCAGGGUUAAAAUCUCCAAGGCUAAGCUAUAAAGUAGCCUUUGGUGGUGAUGUCACAGAGUACCACAGAAACAAAACUUAUGUUGUUCUUCUCUAAGAAGACACAGCUUGAAUAUACUUUCUUCUUUCUUUACUUUUUUUUAAGGCUAUAUCACUGUGUAAUACCGAUUACAAUGUCCUCCUAAAUUGGCAGGCAGUUUGAUCACAUAAGAAAUUACCAUGCUAUAGCAUUAAAUUAAAUGUUAAAUAAAAAACAUGGGUAAGCUUAAAUAGACAAGUUCUGUGCUUAAGUAAACCUGAUGAUGAUAUAGAUUAUAACCAGGGAAAAUAUAUUGCACCCUUUUUCCUUGUAGGAAAGAAACUUGUUUCUUGUGUUUAAGUUGCUUGAUAACUGGCUUCAUUUUGCGAUGCAGAGUACAGUAAAUAGAUGCCUGACUUCAAAGAUAUUUGAUAUCAAACAGUAUAAAUGAUAUCUAAGACGAUUUAGUAGGUUUUUUUUUCAGAAAAAUUCUAUGACUGAUGUAGAGUCCAAUCUUUUUCCUUCCAGGAUGAAUGGGAAAAAAAAAAAAAGAGUUCAUAGAAUACUUAGUAACAAGUAUCUGAUAUGGAUUUUUUUCCUUCUCUUGGUGUUCUCCAUUUUCGUUCCAUGAAUUGCCUUUUUUCAUUUUUUUUUAUUAUAGCUAGUUGUAUAUAGUGACUUGAAUUUUCUUGCUUUUUUUAUUAGGUUUUUUUUUUUUGGCACAAUGUUUGAGAUGUAGAGUAGCAUAUAUUUGAAGAAUGAGAUGCUUAAUUAUUUGUUUAGAAAGUUUUUUAAUGUGGUGUAGAGCUUUUGUUUUUAAAAAAACCAAAAAAUAUUAAUGACAAGUUUGUAAAUUUCUUUGGACUUUAGCACUACUCAGUGCCGAUAGAUAAAAUGUAGGAAUAUUGAGGCAGUAAUAUGUUUUCUUGAUUUAUCUCUUAGAAUUUUAAAUACAGUUCAGUUACAUAUAUAAUUUUGUCUCAGGCUGCAGCAUUUGACUUAAUAAAACCUGAAGUGGUCACUGGAACACUGCUGUUCCAUCUAUGGUGUGUAAUAAAGAAGUAAUUCUGAAUUCCACUGCACUGCUAAGAACUGUUUCAACUUUGAGUAUUCUUUUUUUUUGUGGUUAUUUCUGUUUGUGUUUAUGAUCAAUAGUAGCCAAAUAACUUGCUGAGAAAUCUUCUGAAGAUAUGGACCUCUAUAUGAUAAAUACUGUGUAAGAAAUAGAUCACACUGGGAUGUGUUCAAACUGUGACACUUAACUGCUGGAGUCAGUAGGAAAGUGUAUGUCAGACACUUCUGAACUGCAUUAUAAAUCAUAUGUGUACCGAACUGUUAAAAAUUAAACUUCAAAUUUACUGCCAUUUCUACCAAAUUCUCCCAGCUAUGGUCAACAAGACAUAGGGAGAAGAAAAGCAUAGAAGUCAUAUACUAGGUGUCUGAAGUGACGUAACAUUGUUUUGCUGUGGUCAUGCAAAAUCUAGGAUGCCGUCUGAAGAGGGAUCUGGAAUUUUACGCUUUUCUUCAGUCUCUCAAGGUUUCUUAAAGCAACUUCACUGUAAUAAGUUUGGAUUCACAAAAUAAUGCUACUUUUUUAAAUCAAGUGUCAGGCUUUUGUUUUUCUGUAAUAAAAAAAAAAAAUUAAAAGAGCUUGUUUCCUUUGCCUAAUUUAUGUCAUGUUAAGGUUAGAUAUACACAUUGCGUAGGAAGCCAUGGCUCCUGGGAUACUUGUUCUAAGCAUGCUUUAGACCUCAAGUAAUGCAGUUCAGACAUGCAGCUAGUAGCUGCUAAAAAGAAAAAUAAGUUCAUCCUGUCAGGUAUUUUCUCAUUAGUAUUUGAAAAUAUUCUGUAGAUGUAGAAGCAGAAAUUAAUGCAUUUCUGAAAAAGAAACUUUAAAAUGCCAAUUCAUUCCAUUAGCAUACUCGCAAAUUCUUCCAAGUGGCAAAGGGAGCCUCAAGCAGACUGUUCUAAUAUGCAUCUCCUCCUGGAAGUACUUGACACUUGGAUGUGCACAAUCUCUUACUACUACAAUAUUUUCCCGGGCUGUUUUAAUAGAUACUGUCCACACUGUGGAGCUCACUGCUUAAAGAAUGAAAUGAUUACAGUCUGGCAGAUACAAUGUGAUGAAGACGGAUCAGAAGUGCUUACUUUUCAUUAAGUAUUUAAGUAGAAGAUUUAGCGUGUUCUAUUUUGGCCUGGAACUAAUUUACCUUGUUCCUCUUUUGUCAGCAUGUUUGGAAGAUGUGGUUGUACUUGAAGGAAUGGGAGGGUGGAGAGUUGUUCUGAUGACAGCCAAAAGCUCAAGUCUCUGACAUCAACGAGUGCAAAACCAGAAUGCACUUUCCUUAAGCUGUUAAAAUCAUAUGAGACUACAGCGGUUUCAGGUUGUAUUUUACUGUGACAGAGUGAUACUGGCUCUCAGAUCUUACCAGGAAGAAAAGCAUCUUUCUGCUGUUGUGUCCUCAUUACUAAGAGAUUGAAUCAUGUGAAGCUGUUACAUACUGUAUUGCUGUGACUGACAAAGACAAUACUGUGUUGAAUGUUUUGAACUCUUAACUUGCAAAGUUUUGUAGUCUGCCUAGGAAGAGUGAAGGCAUUCUUUAAACGAUUCUCUGAUUACUGAAAUGUUAGCCAUUUUAAAGGAUUACUGCUACUGUCCUGUAUAUCAAUUUAGUAACAUAAAGCACCAUGUAGCAGCUGAUGAGGACUCUCCGGUUGCUAGUGAACUUUCUUCCACUUACACACCUAGCAGUAUAGAAAUGUUUGCAGUUGUGUAGGAAGGAUAAAUAAACUAUUAUAAAGUAUUUUUGAAUGGAGUGUUU